UGGUUCCACGUCACUGCCGCUAUCUAAAACCAGUAAGAGGUGACUAAGCAGAAAAGGAAAAGCGCCGCCACGAAAUCACUAUAUCUCCGAGCUCCCACCGCGGUGUUUGCACCACUCAACUCAAUAUUCCAGAAUAUUCAAAUCUCUCUUUCUAUUGCUAGGGUUUAUCCAUGGCGACCGUUAUUCGAAACCCUCUCUUCAUUCCCUCCUCCUCUCACCACCACAAUCUCAACCGCAAUAACAGCUCCGUAUUGCUCACCCUCCGUUUCCCUCACACUUCAUUAAGACACAAUUCUCUGCAAUUCAAAUCCCGAUUCGCCGUUUCCUGCUCCCAAUCGGAACCUUCUUCCCGGCGGCGUCCUCCGUACAUCCCCAACCGCAUUCCGGACCCUUCAUAUGUGCGCAUUUUCGACACCACUCUCCGUGACGGCGAGCAGUCACCGGGAGCCUCCAUGACCUCCAAGGAGAAGCUCGACGUGGCGCGCCAGCUCGCCAAACUCGGCGUCGAUAUCAUCGAGGCCGGCUUCCCCGCCGCCUCCAAGGACGACUUCGAGGCCGUCAAGAUGAUCGCGCAAGAGGUUGGAAACGCCGUCGACGACGAUGGUUAUGUUCCAGUCAUUUGCGGUCUCUCGCGCUGCAACGAGAACGACAUUCGAAGAGCCUGGGAUGCCGUUAAGUAUGCCAAGAGGCCCAGGGUUCACACCUUCAUCGCCACCAGCGCCAUUCACAUGGAGUACAAGCUCAGAAUGUCCAAAGAGAAGGUCAUCGACACUGCUCGCAAUAUGGUCAAGUUCGCUCGCAGUCUGGGCUGUGAAGACGUUGAGUUCAGUCCUGAAGAUGCCGGAAGGUCGGACAGGGAAUUUCUUUACGAAAUUCUCGGAGAAGUUAUUAAGGCUGGCGCGACAACGCUUAACAUACCUGACACUGUUGGUAUAAACUUGCCGAGUGAAUUUGGAAGGUUGAUUGCUGAUAUUAAAGCUAAUACUCCUGGAAUUGAAAAUGUUAUAAUUUCCACCCACUGCCAGAAUGAUCUUGGACUUUCUACUGCAAAUACCAUCGAGGGUGCACGUGCUGGUGCAAGGCAACUGGAAGUGACGAUUAAUGGGAUUGGCGAAAGGGCUGGAAAUGCCUCCUUAGAAGAGGUUGUGAUGGCACUGAGAUGCGGAGCACAUGUCACUGGCAAUCUCCACACUGGAAUUAAUACCAAGCACAUCUUUCUGACGAGCAAGAUGGUCGAAGAGUACACUGGUUUGCAGUUACAGCCACACAAGGCUCUUGUGGGAGCUAAUGCCUUCGCCCAUGAAAGUGGCAUACAUCAGGAUGGAAUGCUAAAACACAAAGGUACAUAUGAAAUUAUAUCCCCUGAGGACAUUGGGCUUGAAAGAACCAACGAAGCUGGUAUUGUAUUGGGGAAGCUCAGUGGACGCCAUGCUUUGAGAAAGCGACUUGAAGAGCUUGGUUAUGAACUUAAUGACGACCAAAUUCAAACUUUAUUUUGGCGUUUUAAAGGAGUGGCUGAGCAAAAAAAGAGGGUUACUGAUGCUGACCUCAGAGCACUGGUAUCAGAUGAAGUUUUUCAAGCAGAGCCUGUCUGGAAACUUGGUGAUAUACAGGUGACUUGUGGAACACUUGGUCUUUCGACAUCAACCGUCAAACUUUUGAGCAGUGAUGGUAGAACGCAUGUUGCAUGUUCUGUUGGUACAGGACCAGUGGAUUCGGCUUACAAGGCUAUCGAUCUGAUUGUGAAGGAGCCGGUAACGCUUCUGGAGUACUCUAUGAAUGCAGUCACUGAAGGCAUUGAUGCAAUUGCCACUACCCGGGUUGUAAUUCGUGCUGAGAGUGAAACAAGUACCACCACCACUACUAGUGCUUUAACUGGACAGACUGUUCUUCGAACAUUUAGUGGGAGUGGAGCGGGAAUGGAUGUUGUUGUUUCGAGUGUCAAGGCCUACAUUGCUGCAAUAAACAAGAUGUUGGGUUUCAAAGAAACAUAUCCAUCUGCCGAAAAAAUCCCAAUUCCUUCACUGAAGAUCUAAGAAUAUGUGCUGCUGCUUUCAUAACAGCUGUUUUUGUUCAACCACGAAGAGGAAGUCAAAGUGGUGGCAGCUUGUAAGUCUCCAUAUUAAGGUGCUGUGGCUGUAAUUAAACCUGAAUAUGUUUGCAGUAAGUAGAUUAUUGGUUCACCCAAGUAGCCUUAGCAAAGAAUGUAACUUUAGGCCGUUUUAAAUAUUUACGCACCCGGGAUUCUUACUCUCAUCAUAUUUCAUGUUUUAGGGUGCUAUUUAUCUGAAAUUAUGUGCUUUGAGAUUUGGAGUGUCCCCGUUUGUUUCAGAUUGAAGACAUCUUAUGGUUUCGUCUUGUGGCUGUAAUAAAGUGCAAUGCCACCUUUUUUUGUUGAACAAUGUAACCAAAAGUUUCGAAGCGGAUGGCUGUAAAUUUGUUUUGAAAUCUCAAA